AUGUCUCUCUGCUUGAAUCGUCUCCAGGAAGAACGGAAACAGUGGCGUCGUGACCACCCGUUCGGCUUCGUCGCAAAGCCCAUGCGCACUCAGCAAGCCACCUUGGAUUUGAAGCGAUGGGAAUGCGCCAUUCCUGGAAAGACGGGCACUCUCUGGGCUGAUGGACUGUUCAAGCUUGAAUUGAUCUUCCCCGAUGAAUAUCCUACAAAGCCUCCCAAGUGCAAAUUCACACCUCCGCUCUUCCACCCGAAUGUGUACCCAUCUGGCACCGUCUGUCUGUCCAUCUUGAAUGAGGAGGAGGCGUGGAGACCUGCCAUCACCAUCAAGCAGAUCCUGCUCGGAAUUCAGGAUCUACUUAAUGACCCCAACCCGGAAUCGCCUGCUCAGGCCGAGGCCUACAAUCUUUACAAGAAGGAUCGUCCCGCGUAUGAACGUCGGGUGAAGCAGGUUGUGAAGGAGAAUCCCAAGAUCCAUCCCGAUGUGCAGAAGUUCAAGACCACGGCUCUGCGCAUGGCCAAGGCCAUCCGUCACCGUGGCCCCGAUUGGAGCGGAAACUUCAUUGGUGAUUCGACGAGUAAGCUUAAUCAAGCCCUAGGAUUGUUGCAUACCUCGUCCACUGACCCGUGUCCUCUUCCAGUCCUGACCCACGAGCGUCUGUGCAUUGUCGGCGUCGACUCCGGCGCCCAGCCUCUUGUCAACGAUGAUGAGUCCCUCGCCCUCGCCGUCAAUGGCGAAAUCUACAACCACCGCAUCCUGCGCAAGACCCUCAAGACCGGCUACAACUUCAAGACCCACUCUGAUUGUGAGGUCAUCAUUCCUCUCUACAUGGAGCACGGCCUCGAUGCCCCCAAGCACUUGGACGGCAUGUUCUCCUGGGUCCUCUGGGAUAAGAAGCAGGACCGCGUUGUGGCUGCUCGUGAUCCUAUCGGUAUCACCAGUUUCUACCUCGGUCGUUCUUCUGAGACGCCCGGUGCCGUCUACUUCGCCUCUGAACUGAAGUCGCUGCACCCUGUCUGCGACGACAUUAUCGCCUUCCCCCCCGGACACGUCUACGACUCCAAGACCGACAAGUUGACCCGGUACUUUGAGCCCAAGUGGUGGGACCCUGCGCAGGUGCCCUCCACCCCUGUUGACUACAAGCUCCUCCGUCACUCCCUGGAGAAGUCUGUUCGCAAGCGUCUCAUGGCUGAAGUUCCCUACGGUGUGCUCCUGUCCGGCGGUCUGGACUCUAGUCUGGUGGCCUCCAUUGCCCAGCGGGAGACCCUCCGCAUGCAGGAGGCUGCUCGCACGGCUGCCCAGAAUGCCACCGAUGGCAACGAACUGGUCGGUAUUGAUGAUGAGAACGAUUUGUCCACCGUGACCACGUUCCAGCAGCUUCACUCCUUCUCUAUCGGUCUGCCCGGUGCUCCCGACACUGAGGCGGCCAAGGAGGUCGCCAAGUUCCUGGGCACCAAGCACCACGCCUUCACUUUCACCGUCGAGGACGGCCUGAACGCUCUCUCAGAUGUCAUUUUCCACCUGGAGACAUACGAUGUGACCACCAUCCGUGCCUCGACCCCCAUGUACCUGCUCUCCCGCAAGAUCAAGGCCAUGGGUGUCAAGAUGGUUCUGAGCGGUGAGGGUAGCGACGAGAUCUUUGGUGGUUACCUUUACUUCCACGCUGCCCCCAACAAGGAGGAGUUCCACAAGGAGACUGUCCGUCGUGUGAAGAACCUGCACUUGGCGGAUUGCCUGCGCGCCAACAAGUCCACUUCCGCCUGGGGUCUGGAGGCUCGUGUUCCUUUCUUGGACAAGGAGUUCCUUGAGAUCUCCAUGGCCGUCGAUCCCCAGGAGAAGAUGAUCACCAAAGACCGCAUUGAGAAAUACAUCAUUCGCAAGGCCUUCGACACCAGCGACGAGCCCGACACCACCCCUUACCUCCCCGAUAAGAUUCUGUGGCGCCAGAAGGAGCAGUUCAGUGAUGGUGUCGGCUACAGCUGGAUCGAUGGGCUGAAGGAGUACGCCGAGAAGCACAUUAGCGACGAGCAAAUGAAGAACCCCAAGCCCGAAUGGGGCACCGACAUCCCAGAUACCAAGGAGGCUUACUGGUACCGCUGCAUGUUCGACGAGCACUUCCCUCCCACUUGCGCUGGCACCGUCGAGCGCUGGACCCCCACAUGGUCCAAGCAGAGUGAUCCCAGUGGCCGUGCCAUUGCGAUCCACAACGCCAAGUACGAUUCCGCCUAA